AUGGCUGAAAUUGACUUGGAUGAUUUACUUAAUACUGGACUUGAAGAUGUUGAUAAAAUUGAGGUCGAACCAGAACUUGCCGUUAUGACUGAAUCUGUUGGUUCAACAAAAAAAGUUAAUUAUAAUAUUGUUGAACGUGCUCAACCAACCUCAAGAUUAAGCCUUCCUCCAAAAGGUGUUGUUGUACGUCCAUCAUAUAAUGCUAAUUUUAAAAUUCAUAGUCUUGGAUCUUCUGUAUCACCAGGAACUCCAUCAAGUGAAAUAUCAAAUCCAAUUGAUUUUUAUGAUAAUUGUUCUGCAAAAGAACAAUUUAAACAACCAUCGUCUGAGAUGAAAUUGUCUAGAAAUAACUGUUUUGUAUCAAAACAAUGUCGUUCUCCUUCUGAAUUUGGAGUUUCUAUUAAUGAUAAACGUCUCAAAAGAAAUUCAGCAGGAAAUAUUGGAAGUAUAUCUGAUAUUUUUGGUCCAACUGUAGCUCAAAUUCCUGGACUACCUAAGACACGUUAUAUUGCAAAAGAAAAAGUUUAUAGUCAAGACCAACUUUUUGGAAUUAUUGAUAGAACAAAUUUUGAUAUUCCAUUAAGUGAUGAUCCAUGGUCAUCAGUUUCAUUACCAAUGGAAGCAUGGAAUAAUGAACCUAUAGAACAAUCUGAUAAUAUUGUUGAUGUUAAUUGUGCACAAUCAGGUUAUCAAUUAGAGGUGUCUUCUCAGUCAAUAAAGAAAUUAACUGAUUUAAUGAAAUAUUCAAUUAUUGAUAUUGACCUUGACUUUCCUUAUUAUUCUCAUUAUUUUAAAGGAAAGAAAUCAACAAAAUAUUAUAUGGAUCCUAUUUCAUUAAAUCUUUUAAUUGUUGAUACUUCAACUAAGUAUAAAAGAGCUAUCCUCAAAACACCUAAAGAAAAUUAUAGAUGUGUUAUUCCAUUAGGAGUUGAUCCUGCUAAAUAUGAUAAAGCCUUUCCUCUUCAAGAAAAGAAAAAACGAUCAAAACCAAAGACAUUUGAUAAAAAGAAUAUACCAAAAUUAGAGUUAGAAUUAGAACGUAUUGAAAAUAUGUCAAUUAUUAAAAAAUAUAAAUUUGGAGUUAUUUAUGUUAAAGAUGGACAAAAAGAAGAAAAUGAAUUUUUUAGUAAUGAUGAAUGUUGUGAUGAAUUUUGGGAUUUUAUGAAUUCACUUGGAAAAAAAGUUGAAUUAAAAGGAUUUAAUGAUUAUGCUGCUGGGUUAGAUACUAAAGCUGGGUGUACUGGUACUUAUAGUUAUUUCAGAAAAUAUACUAAUACAUAUAGUAUUAUGUUUCAUGUUGCUCCAUUAUUACCUAAUCAAGAAGGAGAUGCACAAAAAUUAGAAAGAAAAAGACAUGUAGGAAAUGACGUUGUUGUAAUUGUAUUUCUUGACCCAAAAAGAAAAGAGCCAUUUGACCCACGUAUUCUUACUUCUCAUUUUAAUAAUGUAUUCUUUAUUAUUCAACCUAAAAUAAAGAAUGAAGGAUUAGUUGUUCAAGAAGGAUAUACUAUUAAUGUCGUUACUAAACCAAAUAAUAUGCCAUUUCCUCCUUUCUUAACUUCUUCUUGGAUGAAAAAAGGUUUUGGAUUUGAAGAUUUUAUGUUAAAGAAAUUAAUUAAUGCAGAACGUAUGACAAUGUAUAACACUACUUUCUUAUCAAAUGCAAGAAAUACAAGAAAACAACAACUUGUUCAACUUGCUGAACUUUUGUAA